AUGGCUGCUGCACCUGCUGAAGAAGCGCAGACUGCGCAGACUGGCGCGCAGGAGAUGCUUGCUCCUACGCACUGGGAGAACACCGCCUCCGAUCCCGUCGAUGCCGAAGCCGAUAAUUCAGACAACGACUCCUCGCUAGGCGACGACUCUGCCAGUUCGACCGCGUCUAUCAACUCGAGCAUUCUCGACUACCGUACCAUCAAUGGCCGAACAUACCAUGCUGAGCGAGGCGAUGCGCAGUACUGGGCGUCAAACGAUAACCAGGCCUCUGAGGCUCUUGACAUCAUCCACCAUACUUCCCUGCUGAUCAUGGAUGGAAAGCUCUACUUUGCGCCUGUUGAGGCGCCUAAGAAGGUGCUUGACAUUGGUACCGGUACUGGAAUUUGGGCUAUGGACUUUGGUGACGAGUUUCCCGAGGCGGAGGUCAUUGGAACCGACAUCUCUCCGAUUCAGCCAAGCUGGGUUCCCCCGAACGUCAAGUUUGAGAUCGAAGACUUCACCCUCGACUGGACAUUCCCUCCCAACUCGGCCGACUUCGUCCACAUGCGUUUCCUCUACGGCAGCGUCCCCGACUGGAACGCCCUGUACGAGCGUGCAUUCCAAGUGACCGCGCCCGGCGGCUGGAUCGAGUCCCAUGAGGGUGACCCCAUGGGUCUUAGCGACGACGACAGCGUCAAGCCUGGCAGCGCCAUUGCGGAAUGGGGCAAGUUCUUCCACGAGGGCGCAAAGAAGCUCGGUCGCACCUUCUCGCCUCUUCCCGGCAACCUGCAAGAGGAGGGCAUGAAGAAGGCUGGUUUUGUCGACAUCCAGUCCAAGACAAUCAAGGUCCCUGUCGGCGACUGGCCCAAGGAUGACCGUCUCAAGGAAAUUGGCCGCUUCACCAACCUUAGCAUUCUCUCCGAUGUCGAGGGCCAUAUCGCCUUCAUGGCUAGUCUUCUUGAGGGCUGGACCAAGGAGCAGGUUGUGCUCUACUGUGCUCAAUUGAGAAAGGAAUUGAAGGCCAAGAACCGGGCGCAUGCUUAUUACCUCCAGCGUAUCGUCUGGGGCCGCAAGCCUGCCGAUGGAGAGGUCGUAACUGAAGCCGCAACUGAAGCAUAA